AUGAAAAUGAUUUCUUCAUUUACAAACAAAUCCUGUUCUUUGUUGUAUUAUCAGAAGCACGUAAUCAGGAAGAGAGGAAGACAAUCAUGUAUUCCUCUUGGAUCGAAGUAUUUCCAGCACGCCUGCGGAGGAAAUGAAUUCACAACCGAAGAAAUCACAAGGGCAUUGAGGCACAACGAUUGGCAAUUCGUGUUAGAAUCCACAAUACUUCCUCGGGAGCCUCUGAACCCAGAUGUGGUUGAGUCUGUGCUUCUAAGAAACCAGCUGAACAUUCAUCCCAAACGCCUGCUUGAUUUCUUCAACUGGUCAAAUCAUCAUAUGGGUACUCCUCAAAACCUUAAAUCUUUCUCCAUUCUGGUAUUGAUUCUGAUAAACUCAAAUUCGUUUUCGUUUGCCAAUGGUUUAUUGGGUAGAAUGAUUGAUACCCGGGUUCCUGUUUCCACCAUAUUGAGUUCAUUGUUGGAGUCUUGUACGCAAUGUGAUAGGUUGAAAUCAAGGUCUGUAGCGUUUGAGUUGUUGAUUGAUGCUUAUAGGAAGAGGGGUAUGCUGAAUGAGGCUUUCUCUGUGUUUUUGGGUGCUAAAGAUGGAAGCUUUGUUCCUAAUUUGUUAUGUUGUAAUUCAUUGCUGAAGGAUUUGUUAAGGAGUAAUAGAAUGGAUUUGUUUUGGAGGGUGUUUGAGGCUAUGGCAGAGAGCAAGCUUGACCUUGAUGUUUAUAGUUACACUAGCGUGAUCAAUGCUUAUUGUAAGAUCGGGAAUGUUAAGGAGGCAAAAAGGAUCUUAUCUGAAAUGGAAAGUAAGGGGUGCAGUCCAAACUUAGUUACGUAUAAUGUGGUAAUUAAAGGGUUGUGUCGAAGUGGGGACUUGGAAGAGGCUUUUCGACUGAAGAAGGAAAUGUCUGAGAAGGGAUUAAUUCCAGAUCAGUUUACGUACUCAAUACUCAUAGAUGGAUUAUGCAAGCAGAAGAGGUCGAGGGAAGCUAACCUCAUUGUGGAAGAAAUGGACAGUUUGGGUCUCAGACCUGACCAAACUGCAUACACGGCUUUGAUUGAUGGAUUCAUGAAAGAGGGUAAAAUAGAUGAUGCUUUCAAAGUUAAACAAGCAAUGGUUGCUCAUGGAUUUAAGUUGAACAUUGUCGCUUACAAUACGAUCAUUCAUGGGCUUUGUAAAAUUGGUUACAUGGACGAUGCCAUGAUUGUCAUGAACGAGAUGUCUGCUGCAGGAAUACCCCCUGAAUCUCAAACUUAUAAUUAUUUAAUCGAUGCAUACAUUCAAGAGAGAAAUCUGGACAAGGCAUGUGAAUUGCUUUCUGAGAUGAAGGAUAGACAUUUGAAACUUUCUGUUUACACUUUUGGGGUUAUAAUCAGUGGAUUGUGUCAUUCUCGAGAUUUCCACCGUGCAAACCUUGUUCUGGAUAGGAUGGUUGCUGGUGGUAUUCAGCCAAAUACCAAAAUCUGUGUUGACCUAAUAAAGGGCAAUUUAGAUGAUGGUAAGUUUGAUGAAGCAAUGAAUUUUUUGAAAACAAUGCGUCAGAAAGGUGUUUUACCUGAUACUUUUUGCUACAAUGCUGUUAUACUUGGUCUUUGCAAAGCGAAGAAGAUGGAAGAAGCCAAAGCUUGUCUAAAUGACAUGAGAAAUGAAGGAUUGAAGCCAAAUGCAUACACUUUUGGGGCUUUCAUUUCUGCACAUACUGAGAUGGGAGAAAUUUUAGUUGCAGAGAAGUACUUUAAGGAGAUGAUUGAUCAUGGUAUCACACCAAAUCUAGUAAAUUAUACAUCUAUCAUAAAUGGCUAUUGCAAAGAUGGAGAUGUGAAGCAAGCCUUUUCGACAUUGGAGUGUGUGCUUGAACGUGGAUUACUUCCUGAUUUACAACUCUAUGGUGUUCUUAUAAAUGGCCUUUCAAAGAAUGGAAAAAUGACGGAAGCCAUGCAAGUUUUAUCCGAACUCUACGAGAAGGGUUUGGCACCCGAUGUUUUUAUGUACACUUCCAUCAUCUCAGGUUUUUGUAAGCAAGGGAAUAUGGAAAAUGCCUUCAUGCUUCUUGAUGAAAUGUGUGACAAGCGUAUUUCUCCAAAUAUUGUUACCUAUAAUGCAUUAAUAGGUGGGCUAUGCAAGUUAGGAGACGUUAAGAGAUCAAGAGAAUUGUUUGAUGGAAUUCCCGGAAAAGGUUUGGCACCGAAUCAUGUGACUUAUGCUACUAUUAUUGAUGGUUACUGUAAAACAAGAAACCUAACAGAAGCUUUUAACCUGUUCAAUGAAAUGCCUUUAAGGGGGGUCCAACCAGAUUCUUUUGUGUACAACUCCCUUGCCAGUGGGUGCUGCAAGGAAGGCAAAAUGGAGGAAGCACUGAGUUUGUUCCAAGAGAUGCUACAGAAAGACAUGGCAUCUAUAGUUACUUUUAAUACCUUGAUUGAUGGGUUUUGCAAGUGUGGAAAAUUGACUGAAGCAAUUGAUUUACUGAAAAGUAUGACUGAUAAGAACAUUGUGCCAAAUCAUGUGACCUUUACAAUUUUGAUCGAUUUCCAUAGCAAGGCAGGGAUGCUCAGAGAAGCUGAAGAACUUUUCUUAGAGAUGCAGAACAGGAAUCUGAAGGCAACAGAUGUUACUUAUACAGCUCUUUUACAUGGAUACAGAAAGGCUGGGGACAGCACAAAGAUGCUUUCUGCUUUUGAGAACUUACUUGAGACGGGUAUAGAGCCUAAUGAUCUAAUAUACAGUAUGAUGGUAGAUGCACACUACAAGGAAGGGAAUUUGGACAAAGCUUUUAAGCUUUGGGAUGAUUUGUUGGACAAAGGUUUGCUGAAUAGAGUAGUCAAUGAGACUAUUUUAGAAGGUUUGCGUGAAAAGGGAGAAAUGUCUCAGAUUUUGGAAUUGCUUGAUAGUUUGGGAAAGCAGGGAUAUAGGCCUUGUCUAUUAAUGUGCGGCACAUUGCUCUCUGGACUGAACAAAGCCGGACAUUCAGAAAAAAUGGACACGAUGAUCAAAUUAAUGAGGGGCUUUGGAUGGGUUCCAAAUUCCAUGAGCUUAAGCGACUUAAUCAACUUAAGCCAAUCAAAUGUGACAUCAAUUCGUACCAGUGAUGUCACAGUUCAAGCAGCUCUGGAAGUUGCCUGUGAGGUUCAUGCAUAG